AUGGAAUGCGCUGUAUUCCCCCGUUUUGCAAAUGCAAAAGAGUCGGAUCGAUUGGCCUUGCUUGACUUCAAAAAUAGUGUAACUCAAGAUUCAGUGAAGAUCAUGAACUCAUGGAACGAUUCUAUUCCUUUAUGCAACUGGAUUGGCGUCACAUGCAACCCACACAGUGGAAGAGUCGUGGUUUUAAACCUGGAGAAUCAAAAGUUAAUUGGGUCCAUACCACCCGCCAUUGGAAACCUUACAUUCCUUACUGGAAUCAACCUGGGAGAAAAUGUCUUUCAUUGUGACGUUCCUGAAGAAAUUGGACGUCUUUUGCGCCUGCAGCAUCUCAAUUUGACACACAAUUCUUUUAGCGGGAAAAUUCCUACCAAUCUAACUCAUUGUACGCAUCUUAGGGUAACAACCUUACUGGAAGAAUCACUGCUUGGAUCGUUGGUAUCUGAUGCUCAAAACCAGUUGCAUGGGCAGCCACCACCAGAUAUUGGCCUCACUCUUCCUAAUCUCCGAGUAUUUGCCGGUGGUCUUAUCAAUUUUACUGGACCUAUUCCGGUAUCAUUGUCAAAUGCUUCUGGACUUCAAAUAAUCGACUUCGCUAAUAAAAGUCUUACUGGAACCACGCCUAGAAAUCUGCGGAGCUUGGCAGUGUUGGGUCUCGCGGGAAAUCGUUUUGGAAAAGAACUGCCAAGUUCCAUAGCCAACCUUUCAAACCAGUUGCAACGUUUGACUUUGGGGGAGAAUCUGAUUCACGGAGGUAUCCCUAUUGGGAUUGGGAACCUUGUUAGUCUGUCCAUUCUAGGAUUGGAAAAUAACUACUUCACUCGCUGUGUUCCCACUUUUAUAGGGAAGCUUCAAAAACUAGAGGAAUUGGAUUUGGAAGUUGAAGUGGGUCAACUAGACAGACAUGAAAAGUUAGACCUCGCCAAUAAUAAAUUGUCCGGUGAAAUUCCCAGCAGCCUAGCCAGUUGUACUAAUUUAGAUAGCCUGCAUUUGGAGGAACAGUAUCUUAAUCUGUCUUACAAUGAUUUUGUGGGUGAAGUGUCACAAGAAGGCAUAUUUGCAAAUGCAAGUGCCAUUUUCCUUAGUGGAAACAGUAAGCUUUGUGGCGGUGUCUCACAAUUACAUUUACCACCUUGCUCCAGCUUUAGUUCUGGAAAAAGGCUCACCCUGAUAGUAAUCUCCGUCUUCGUUGGUAACAACCUUACUGGAAGAAUCACUGCUUGGAUCGGUAACCUUUCUUCUCUUAAUUCUCUUUUGCUAGCAAUGAACAAUUUACAAGGAAGCAUGCCUUAUGAACUUGGCCAACUAUCAGGCUUGGAAAAUUUUCAAGUUUGUGAGAAUCAUCUGUCAGGUAAAGUCCCUACUUCAAUUUAUAAUAUUUCUUCAAUACAGUUCGUAUCUUUUGCUCAAAACCAGCUGCAUGGGCAGCUACCACCAGAUAUUGGCCUCACUCUUCCUAAUCUCCUAGUAUUUGCCGGAGGUCUUAUCAAUUUUACUGGACCUAUUCCGGUAUCAUUGUCAAAUGCUUCUGGACUUCAAAUAAUCGACUUCGCUAAUAAUAGUCUUACUGGAACCACGCCUAGAAAUCUGGGGAGCUUGGCAGUGUUGGGUCUCGCGGGAAAUCGUUUUGGAGAAGAAUUGCCAAGUUCCACAGCCAACCUUUCAAACCAGUUGCAACGUUUGACUUUGGGGGAGAAUCUGAUUCACGGAGGUAUCACUAUUGGGAUUGGGAACCUUGUUAGUCUGUCCAUUCUAGGAUUGGAAAAUAACUACUUCACUCGCAGUGUUCCCACUUUUAUAGGGAAGCUUCAAAAACUAGAGGAAUUGGAUUUGGAAGGUAACAGAUUUUCUCGGUCAAUACCUUCUUCAUUAGGUAACUUGACUCUACCGGUUGGGCUCUAUCUACAUGAUAAUAGAUUUGAGGGAAGUAUCCCUUCAAGUCUUGGAAACUGCCAGAAGUUGCUUGCACUAAAUUUGUCAAGCAAUAACCUGAGUGGCACCAUACUAAAUUCCCAGCAGCCUAGCCAGUUGUACUAA